UCAAAACAGAGUAGCAAGCAAAGAGGAAAAUCUCUGCUUAGACGACAUAAAGAAACAAGAAUCUUUACCACAGCAGAAAUAUUUAUCUGUUUAGGUCCUUCAAUUCCCUGUUUGACCUCUAGACAAAAUAUUUGCUCUACAAUUCUUGGUCCUGUCGGUAUAGACACACACACACAUUCUUAGCUCUGUCUCUCUCAGUUUUCAGAAUAAGACAAAGUUAGGUCUUGAUGGAGUCCCCGCCGUGUAAAGCAAUCUUUCUAGUGGCAACAACAUUGCUGGUCCUUUUGCAGAUUCCGUUUAUCAGUGCAAUUGGUAUUAAUUAUGGACUGAAUGGAGACAAUCUUCCAGCCCCACCAGCAGUUGUAGACCUUUAUGACCGAUGCCACAUUCCAUCUGUUCGGCUCUUCGAACCAAGACCAGAGGUGCUUCAAGCAUUGAGAGGGAAGCCCUUACAAGUUAUUCUGGGUACAAGAAACGAGGACAUACAAAGCCUUGCAACAACCCUUGAUGCAGCUAAUUCAUGGGUCGCCGCUAAUAUUGUCCCCUACAGAUCUGAUGUUAACUUUACUUACAUUACAGUAGGCAACGAGGCGAUUCCAGGGGCUAUGUCACAAUAUAUCGCACAAGCCAUUGCCAACAUGUAUACCGCACUUGCCGAUGCAGCCAUUACUUAUAUUAAAGUGUCGACUGUUGUUCCGGGAAGUUCACUUUCAAUCUCUUACCCUCCAUCAGCUGGUGCUUUCACUAAUGAAGCAGCUGCUGCUAUAAGUCGCAUUGCACCUAUUUUGUUGAAUCACGGAGCAUCCCUCAUGCUCAACGUGUACCCUUAUUUUGCCUAUGCCUCGGACACAAAUAGUAUGUCAUUGGACCAUGCCUUACUUACGCCGGGGGCUCCGCUAGUCGGCGAUCAAAACCUCGUGUAUGACAAUAUCUUUGAUGCCAUGGUUGAUGCAUUUUAUGCAGCUUUGGAGAAGAUUAGCGAGCCUGGUCUUACGGUUGUUAUAUCUGAGAGUGGCUGGCCUACUGCUGGGAAUGAACCUAUCACAAGUCCAGAAAAUGCACGUACAUAUAACAGAAACUUAUUGAAUCAUGUACAGGAAGGAAGAGGCACUCCACGGCGGCCAGGCCAACCUCUUGAUGUCUACUUUUUUGCAAUGUUCAAUGAGGAUCUGAAGCAGGCUGGGAUUGAGCAGCAUUGGGGUUUCUUCUAUCCAAAUAUGCAGCCUGUUUAUCCAUUUUGGCAAUGCUCGUGAACGAAACCAUCGCAUAAGCUAUAGUACUAUUACGCUCUCGAUUUAUUUUUAUCUUCAAAAUAUCUUUCAUGAUUAAUUAUGUACCAUGGAAAGUUUUUUUCCGUCAGCC